AAAAUAGCACAAGAGCGAGUAAAAUCUGAACUCCUGGCAAGUGACUAGUGAAUCAUGUGGUAGCAAACACUGAGCAAAGAUAAAAGUGACUGGGAGGUUGUGUGCCUAGAGGUAAGGAGCGAAACAGAUGCUUAAGAGAGGGUCAGGUGGAAUUGGCUUUGUGGUGUGCUCUUACCAUAGACCCACAUUUUAUGGACUUACUCAUUUAAAGAAGACCUGAUCCUGUGCCAAUCAGAUCGUCCACAUAGGACUUACCCCUCAUACAUAGCUGAAUCUGAGAAGUGAAGUGGGAAGGAAACAGCAACAUGAGAGGAAGCUGGGUGAAGAGCGGUCAUCAAGAGAGAGAAGAAACAUAAAGCAGGAUAAGCAGCCUGCAGGCACUUGAGAUGGAGCACCAGGGAAUGGUUUCUGCACAGAGCCAGCUUCACGUAACCAAAGAAGCCCCAUAAAAGCCUCAGCCAGACAGCAGGUAUUUCAAAGUUUAGGCAAAAUAAACAACUAUGCAUACUUGGAAAAUGUGGGCAAUUUGCACAGCCUUGGCUGCGCACCUCCCUGAAGAACAAGCCCUGAGACAGGCCUGUCUUUCAUGCGAUGCCACUCAGUCAUGCAACUGCUCUUUCAUGGGUUUGGACUUCAUUCCCCCGGGGCUCACAGGCAAAAUCACGGUGUUAAACCUGGCCCAUAACAGGAUAAAGGUGAUCCGAACACAUGAUCUGCAAAAGGCUGUGAACCUGAGAACCCUGCUGCUGCAGUCCAACCAAAUCAGCUCCAUAGACGAGGACUCGUUUGGCUCUCAGGGGAAACUGGAGCUCUUGGACUUGUCAAAUAAUAGCCUGGCUCACUUGUCCCCAGUGUGGUUUGGGCCCCUUUUUUCGCUCCAACACCUUCGCAUUCAAGGCAAUUCCUACAGCGACCUGGGGGAAAGUUCCCCCUUUUCCAGCCUGAGAAACUUGAGCUCCCUCCACCUGGGCAACCCACAGUUCUCCAUCAUCAGGCAAGGAAACUUUGAGGGCAUUGUGUUUCUCAACACGCUGAGGAUCGACGGUGACAAUCUCAGUCAGUAUGAGCCUGGAAGUCUGAAAUCGAUCAGGAAGAUAAAUCACAUGAUCAUAAGCAUAAGAAGGAUUGACGUAUUCUCAGCAGUCAUCAGGGACCUUCUGCACUCUGCCAUUUGGUUAGAUGUAAGAAAACUAGCAUUCAGUGUUCCUGAAAAAAUACAACUUUUGAGAAUUAUGUCUUCCUCUUUCGCAAAGAAAAUUUCUUUAAAACAGUGCUUAUUUACAGAUGCUACUGUGCCUGAGAUUGUCAGCAUUUUAGAAGGCAUGCCAAAAUUAAUGGAGGUGGAGAUGAAAGACUGUACACUCUUGGGCACUGGAAAGUGGUAUAAACAAAUUCAUGCAAACCAGUCACAAUCUCUGAGAAUUCUGACAAUAGAGAAUUUAUCUAUAGAAGAGUUUUAUUUGUUUACAGAUCUUCAGUCUGUACUAGAUCUCCUAUCUCUUUUUAGGAAAGUCACAGUUGAAAAUACCAAGGUGUUUCUGGUGCCAUGCAAACUUUCACAACACCUUCUAUCAUUGGAGUAUCUUGACCUUAGCGCAAAUUUACUUGGAGAUCAGAGUUUGGAGCAUUCAGCCUGUCAGGGUGCAUGGCCUUCAUUACAAACUCUAAAUCUAAGUCAGAAUUCAUUGAGUGACUUAAAAAUGACAGGUAAAAGCUUGUUUCAUCUAAGAAACCUAAAUCUCUUAGACAUCAGUGAAAACAAUUUUGGUGAGAUUCCAGACAUGUGUGAAUGGCCUGAAAACCUGAAAUAUCUGAAUCUCUCCAGCACUCAAAUUCCCAAAUUAACAACUUGCAUUCCCUCAACUCUUGAAGUGCUGGACGUUAGUGCUAACAACCUGCAGGAUUUUGGACUGCAACUGCCAUUUCUCAAGGAGCUGUACCUGACAAAAAACCAUCUGAAGACCUUGCCUGAAGCCACAGACAUUCCUAACUUAGUGGCCAUGUCGAUCAGCAGAAACAAGCUCAACAGCUUCUCCAAGGAAGAGUUUGAGUCCUUCAAGCAAAUGGAGCUGCUGGAUGCCAGCGCCAAUAACUUUAUCUGCUCCUGUGAAUUCCUCUCCUUCAUUCACCAUGAGGCAGGGAUAGCCCAGGUGCUUGUGGGGUGGCCAGAAAGCUACAUCUGUGACUCUCCGCUGACAGUGCGAGGGGCACAGGUUGGGAGUGUGCAGCUGUCACUGAUGGAGUGCCACCGGUCCCUCCUAGUGUCCUUGAUCUGCACCCUGGUGUUCCUGUUCAUCCUCAUCCUGGUGGUCGUUGGGUACAAGUACCAUGCAGUCUGGUACAUGAGAAUGACCUGGGCAUGGCUCCAAGCCAAGCGGAAGCCCAAGCGAGCCCCCACGAAAGACAUCUGCUACGACGCUUUUGUCUCCUACAGUGAGAACGACUCCAACUGGGUGGAAAACAUCAUGGUGCAGCAGCUGGAGCAGGCAUGUCCCCCCUUUAGGCUGUGCCUCCAUAAGCGGGACUUUGUGCCUGGGAAGUGGAUUGUGGACAACAUCAUUGACUCCAUUGAGAAGAGCCACAAGACGCUCUUUGUGCUAUCAGAGCACUUUGUGCAGAGCGAGUGGUGCAAGUAUGAGCUGGAUUUCUCGCACUUUCGCCUUUUUGACGAGAACAACGAUGUGGCGAUCCUCAUCCUGCUGGAGCCCAUUCAGAGCCAGGCGAUCCCCAAGAGGUUCUGCAAACUGCGGAAGAUAAUGAACACCAAGACCUACCUGGAGUGGCCUCCUGAUGAAGAGCAACAGCAGAUGUUUUGGGAAAACUUGAAAGCAGCUCUAAAAUCGUAGAUAGGAUCAUUAAAAAUGGAGACUGUAGCCAUCCUCUACUGGAUUUAUUUCCAUUGCCUUUUUGUCCCUUUAUCUAUCUGUAUCUAUCUACCAGAGAUCUGAGCUACUAUAAUUGCUGUUACUUGCUUUGAAAUUGUUCUAUUCGUGUCUGUGAUCAUG